AUGAGGCGCUUGCGGGCGGCCAUGGUGACCAUAGCAGCAGCAGCAGCAGCAGCAGCAGCAGCCGCCGCCGCCGCCGCUGCAGCAGCAGCAGCAGCCGCAGCCCCUGAAGCAUCUUCAGAAGAAAUAACAGAAAUAUUUUUGCUGCAUUUCUUAAAGCAUCCGCCAGGGAAGCGCUUGAGCUGUACAUACACCUCAGCUGCUGCCGCAGCAGCAGCAGCAGCAGCAGCAGCAGCAGCAGCAGCACCUGCGCAAAGAGCAGCAGCAGGGAGGCUGCCUGAGGGCUGUUGCCUGCAGGUGCUGUUUUCUUCUUCUGGAAGCCACAACCCACUGCAGCAGCAGAAGCUGCAGCAGCAGCAGCAGCAGCAGCAGCAGCAGCAGUGGCAGCAGCGACAUUACCAGCACCAGCAGUAG